AUGAUUCCGCCUAUCGAUGGAGUAGAAGCUGAGCUGUAUAUCAGUCCUCAGUCAACAGAAGGUGUCUACUACAUUGUUGAAGCUAUCGUUGGUGUCGACCUCGUUGAUGGCGAGAUUAAAUAUAAAAUAAGAUGGCAAAAUUAUUCCGAAGCUGAUGACACAUACGAGCCUGAAAGCCAUUUCAGAUAUGAGCCUGUGCUCAGCCGCAUGAUGGAUGAGUUCCAAGCUGCCCAUGCCGAUAAACUGCAAUCAUUGAAAGAACAAAUAAGAGCUCGGGCCAUGAAUCGUCGUCGACAACGUGCAAGUCGAAGAUCUGUUGGAUAUAUUGUGGAGGAUCUUCCCGAUCCUGCUGACAUUACAGUAAGCAGAGAGCCAGAAGCUAAUGACAGCUUCUACGGAACAACUUUUUCGGGUGCUACCGGUGAAUUAAAGAAAUUGAUUGAUCCAUCUCACAAAAACUCGUCAACUGAAAGGAUUUUGGCUUUUGUAAAUUCUGAAAGGAGAGUCACAAGAAGACAAAUGAAAUCAAUUAUUCCGAGCGUGUUGGGGAACCCCCCCUCGAAUCGUGAAAGUGUUGAACCUUCUUCGACCAGCAGUGAAGUGUCUGAAGAAGUAGUGUCCGACAAGGCGUUAUCCGAUAACGUCGUAUCCGAUAAAGCUAAGAGAACUUUACGUCUGAGUGCGGGUAAAGAUACUAUUCCCAAACGAAGACGUAUUGAUAAUGACAAGUCAUCUUCUCGUGAACCCGAAGAUGUCGAAGAAGAUCAACAAGGUGAGCAAAGGACUGAUGGGAAGAGUCAGGGUGAAGAUAUCGUUGAAAUUUUUUCUGUGAUUCGAAGCCCUGGGCCUAAUCUUGAGAAUCCCAAAGAUUCGCAAAGUGUCAAGAAAGAAGGUAACCGAUCAGCAGACAAAAUCAGCCUUACCGAAGAAAAAUCAAAAAGUACACAGAAAAAACGCAAAUCAAAACCCGAAACUUCAGCAAAAGUUGAGCAGAUUCCUGUUUUGAUAGUCAGCAGGUCUGAGAUCUCUGAUGGUUCCGACUUUAGUUGGGAUGACUUACAAACCGAAUUGCCUCCGGCGAACUUGCCAAUCACGAAUAGUGAGAACGAAUUAACACCUAUGUUUUUGAAUAGCCUUAUCCGCGAAGGAGAGCCAUAUAGGGUUCUGGCUGUUUUGCGUUUCUUGAAAGCUGAGGAUAAAGCUCCUGGCCUCUACCACAACUUUAUCCGAUGGACUAACUUAGAUACUGGUUUCACACUUCUUCAUACUCUUUGUGCAUAUGUUAAAUGCUACGAUAGCCAUGCCGGUGAUGACUACAUUUCUUUUCUUUGCGAUAACUCGACAUAUGGUAAUAUAAUAGACUAUCAAGAGAAAUCUAACCUUUACACUGCUUUGCAUUUUUGUGUUGAAAACGGGGCCAUUUGCCGUGUAGCCCGCUUGUUAGGGCACGGGUGUGCUAUUAAUUUUCCUGAUCGCAAUGGGAUCACUCCAUUGCGUCUGGCUUAUCGUAAGAAUCAUGCUAAGAUGAUGAAACUUCUAUUACAACAAGGCGCGAACUUCGCAAAGCUGGAACAGGAAGAGAGAAGAAAGGCUCCUGAAGAAAGGAAGAAACGAGCUUAUGAAGCAUUACAGAAGCAUUGUGAGCAAUUGCGAGACUUGCUUCAAGCUGCAAGAUUCCGUUUAUUCAGAAAUGUCAUCGAUAUUAAUGAGAGCACUUUCCAAUGCCCCAUUGUGACAUUUCCAUGCAGCGAAGGCCCUGUUUUCCUCUUUCCGUAUAAUAUACCUUCAAUCGAUGUUCCGAAUGAUACAUAUAUGUUUUUACUUUUUGUUUACGUAUGUAACUUCCAGGCCAACGAUGCAGGCAAGUAUACAUGCCGUUGCUGGCCAGAACUUUCAAUCCGGUGUGAAAUAAACAGUAAAUCACUGGAACCCGUACAGAAGGUCAAGUACCCAAUGAUCUACUAUGCUGCCAAUCUCAAAGAUGGGGAGAACUAUGUGCGUGUGGAACUGCUGGAUAAAACAGAUUUGAACAGUAACGUUUUGGCCAUCCAAUUGGCAAUGAUCAAACGGAGCGAAGAGAUUUUAUUUUUUACUAAUACUACUUGGAGUGCUAAUUCUGGCCUCGAAGUUGCCCCUCUUGUUGGGCCCAUGUUCUAA